AAUACAUAGUAAAACGGUUCAGUUCUCGUUUUGAUACGGAAUAAUCGCACUGCAUAGAAAUGUAGUAGGCUAAUGCGACUGUUUACAGCAUGGCUUUGAGAUCAAAAUAGCAUUAGGAUGUGUAUUUAGCUGGUUUCAAGGUCUGGCGUGUUUCUGACGGUUCUGCGCAUUGCAAGAUGCAAUGGCCACUCCAUCUCCAGCCAAGAGUAUGGGCGACCCAGGCAUCACGCCACUUUCCCCCACACACAUACUGAACGACUCUGAAGAAAAUGAGACUACGAGGCACCCCUAUGUGGUGGUGGUGGCCAUCGACUUUGGCACCACCUCCAGUGGCUACGCAUAUGCCUUCACUAAAGAGCCAGAGUGCAUUCACACUAUGAGGCGCUGGGAGGGUGGGGACCCAGGUGUGUCCAAUCAGAAGACGCCCACCACCAUUCUACUGACCCCAGACAAGAAGUUCCACAGUUUUGGUUAUGCAGCCAGAGAUUUUUACCACGACCUGGAUCCCACUGAGUCUAAGCAAUGGCUCUACCUGGAGAAGUUUAAAAUGAAUCUACACACCACUGCAAAUCUAUCCAUCGAUACAGAUUUACAUGCGGCCAAUGGGAAAAAGGUGAAAGCUCUGGAUAUUUUUGCUUAUGCUCUGGCCUUUUUUAAGGAGCAGGCUCUUAAGGAGCUAAGUGACCAAGCAGGGUCAGAUUUUGAUAAUGCUGACGUCAGAUGGGUCAUCACAGUACCGGCCAUCUGGAAAAUGCCGGCUAAGCAGUUUAUGAGAGAGGCAUCGUAUAAGGCUGGUUUGGUUUCUCGUGACAACCCUGAUCAGCUGAUCAUUGCUCUGGAACCAGAGGCUGCGUCCAUUUACUGCAGAAAGCUCCGUCUCCACCAAAUGGUUGAUUUGGGCAACAAAACAGCCUUUAACGGUUACAGCCCAACUGAGAAUGUUGGGAUGGGAAUGACCCAGGCCAAGGAGCAUGUGCGCCGUAACCGACAGAGCCGUACCUUUCUGGUGGAGAAUGUCAUAGGAGAGCUCUGGUCUGAACUCACUGAAGGUGACCGUUAUGUGGUUGUGGAUUGUGGAGGAGGGACGGUGGAUCUUACUGUGCAUCAGAUCCGCAUGCCGGAAGGCCACUUGAAGGAGCUUUACAAAGCCUCAGGAGGCCCAUAUGGCUCUCUCGGUAUAGAUUAUGAAUUUGAGAAACUCCUGUGUAAGAUAUUCGGACAGGAUUUCAUUGACCAGUUUAAGAUCAAGCGUCCUGCUGCCUGGGUGGAUCUGAUGAUUGCGUUUGAGUCUCGUAAGAGGGCGGCGACUCCUGACCGAAGCAACCCGUUAAAUAUUAACCUGCCCUUCUCUUUCAUCGACUACUACAAGAAAUUCAGAGGACACAGCGUAGAGCAUGCGCUGAGGAAGAGCAAUGUGGACUUUGUGAAGUGGUCUUCGCAGGGCAUGCUGAGGAUGAAUCCAGAUGCAAUGAAUGCACUGUUCAAACCAACUAUAGACCACAUUAUACAGCACCUGACUGAGUUAUUUGAUAAGCCAGAGGUGACAGACAUUAAGUUUCUUUUCCUGGUGGGAGGAUUCGCAGAGUCUCCUCUGCUGCAACAGGCGGUUCAGAAGAUGCUUCAGGGCCGCAGCCGAAUCAUUAUUCCGCAUGACGUGGGCUUGACCAUCCUCAAGGGGGCGGUGUUGUUCGGCCUUGAUCCCAGCGUCAUAAAGGUGCGCCGCUCUCCACUCACCUACGGCGUGGGCGUCCUGAACCGUUUCGUAGAGGGGAAGCACCCGCCGGAGAAGAUGAUUGUGAAGGACAGUACGCGCUGGUGCACCGAUGUCUUCGAUACGUUCAUCUCUGCCGAUCAGUCAGUGGCACUGGGUGAAACGGUAAAACGCAGCUACACGCCGGCGAAGCCAUCACAGCAAGUGAUCGUCAUUCACGUAUACUGCUCAGAAAAAGAGUCAGUCAGUUUCAUCACCGACCCAGGCGUGAGGAAGUGUGGUACGCUGAAGCUGGAUGUGAGCGGUACUGAGAGCCCGGCGGCACGAAGAGAGAUCCAGACGCUCAUGCAGUUCGGAGACACUGAGAUAAGAGCCAUGGCUGUCGAUGUCGCAACCUCUCGCAGUGUCAAAGCUAGCAUCGAUUUCCUUAGUCAAUAGAAGAGUAAACCACACACUGCAGAAACUCAGCAUUU